CAUACGAGUCUAGUAAUAAACAAUCUUGCUAUUUUCAAGAUAUCGGUAAGUUGAUGAUGCAAGUAAUGUGCGCGGGCGCACUCGAAACAUGUUAUCAAAUUGCUCGACCGUUCCCCACGGUUGUCAGUAAUAAUCGGGCAUUUGUGGUACUCGGACGACACUUUCGUAAUUCUGAUUAAUUUAAAAAAUCUAGUAAACCACACAUUAUGGGACAACAGAAUGCGGACGAGGAGAGUGAUAUUUGUACAGAAUUAGUUUUUUAUGUGAACGGAAAGAAGGUAGUAGAAUCAAAUCCAGAUCCACAAUGGACGUUAUUAUGGUAUCUACGGAAGAAACUUCGCCUGACGGGGACCAAGCUAGGCUGCGCGGAAGGCGGAUGUGGGGCUUGUACAGUCAUGGUUUCCAAAUACAACCGCAAGGAGAAGAAAGUCAUUCAUUUAGCAAUCAACGCGUGUUUGUCGCCAGUGUGCGCGAUGCAUGGUUUAGCUGUCACCACAGUUGAAGGAAUCGGUUCAACAAAGACAAGAUUACAUGCAGUUCAAGAGAGAUUAGCUAAAGCACAUGGCUCCCAAUGCGGAUUCUGUACACCCGGCAUUGUCAUGUCCAUGUACGCGUUACUCCGAAGUUCGGAGAAAAUAAAUUAUUCCGACAUGGAAGUGGCAUUACAAGGUAAUCUGUGCAGAUGUACCGGCUACAGAGCCAUAAUAGAAGGAUACAAAACAUUCAUAGAGGAUUGGGAGAGUCAACGUGUUACUGUAAAUGGAACAUCUCAAACUAACGGAGUAUGCGCAAUGGGCGAGGCGUGUUGUAAAAAUAAGACUGAUCCACCUGAAGAUAAAAGCGAAACAAAAUAUAUUUUCGAUAAAUCAUCGUUUUUGCCAUAUGACUCUAGUCAAGAACCAAUUUUUCCUCCGGAAUUGAAAUUAUUUCCUUCGUAUGACGAACAAUUUUUGAUCUACCGAGGUAAAAGUACAACAUGGUACAGACCGACCGAUUUAAAUUCAUUGUUGAAACUCAAAGAACAAUAUCCUGAUGCUAAAAUUGUAGUCGGCAAUACAGAGGUUGGAGUAGAAGUAAAAUUUAAACACCUCGUCUAUCCUGUAAUAAUAAUGCCAAAUUGUGUACCUGAAAUGAAUUCUAUAGAGGAAUCAAACACCGGACUUAUUGUUGGAGCAGCUGUGACACUUAUGGAUCUAGAACACGCUUGCAAUAAAUAUAUUAACACACUGCCUAAAUACCAAACGAGAUCUUUGGUAACAAUAAAGGACAUGUUAUACUGGUUUGCCGGUAAACAAAUACGUAACGUAGCAGCUAUAGGUGGAAAUAUUAUGACCGGCAGUCCAAUAUCAGAUUUAAAUCCCAUUUUGAUGUCGAUGAAGGUAAAAUUAAACCUUUUAAGUAAACAAGGCGGGCGUCGUUCUGUACUCAUGGACGAAACAUUUUUCACUGGCUACCGUAGAAAUGUCGUUAAACCCGAUGAGGUACUAAUGUCCAUUGAAAUUCCUUUUACAACUAGAUAUCAAUACGUGAAGGCAUAUAAGCAAGCCAAGCGACGAGAGGAUGAUAUUUCUAUUGUCACGGCAGCUAUAAACGUGGAAUUCGAAUCAAACAGUGAUAUUAUAAAGAAUAUUAAUAUGGCGUUUGGAGGUAUGGCACCAGUCACCAAAAUUGCUACGAAAUCUAGUCAGUCUUUAGUCGGUUUGAAAUGGGAUGAAGUAAUGCUCGAAAAGGCAUACACAUAUCUUCUAGAAGAAUUACCUUUAAAUCCAUCAGCACCUGGUGGUAAUAUAUUAUACAGAAGAGCUUUAACAAUGAGUUUGUUUUUAAAAGCCUAUUUAGCAAUCGGUAAACAUAUGUCACAGGACUACUUACAAAAUAAUAUUGUUGAACCGUACUACAGCAGUGGCGCUGAUCAAUUUCAUGGUCAGGUACCGAAAAGUGCGCAAUAUUUCGAUUUGGUUGGAGAUAAGCAACUCAAGAGUGAUGCGGUUGGUCGACCCUUACCGCAUAUGUCAGCAUUGAAACAGGUCACCGGUGAGGCUAUUUACUGCGAUGACAUGCCCUCUGUGGAAGGAGAAUUGUACUUAGCUUUUGUUCUGAGCACUAAAGCUCACGCCAAAAUCAAACUAGUAGAUCCACAGAAAGCAUUACAGCAACCAGGUGUUGUUGCGUUUUUCUCAGCAAAAGAUCUAACUACUGAACAAAACACAAUCGGUCCCAUAUUUCAUGAUGAGGAAUUAUUCGCUACAGAGAAAGUUAUUAGCCAGGGCCAAACGAUUGGUGUCAUCGUGGCCGAAGAUCAAGCAACCGCACAAGCUGCUGCAAGAAAAGUGCAUGUCGAAUAUGAGGAAUUGCAGCCUAUUAUUGUUACUAUUGAAGAUGCCAUCAAACAUAAUUCGUUUUAUAAACAGUUUCCAAAAACUUUACGAAAAGGCGAUGUGAAAACAGCGUUUGAUAAUCCAAAUCAUGUUAUUAUAGAAGGAGAAUGUAGAAUGGGUGGUCAAGAACACUUCUAUUUGGAAACACACGCAGCAUUCGCGAUACCCAAAAGAGAAGACGAUGAACUGGAGAUAUUUUGCUCCAGCCAACAUCCAUCUGAAAUAGCGAAAUUAGCCAGUCACGUUUUACACGUCCCUAUGAAUAGAAUUGUGGCGCGUGUAAAACGUAUGGGCGGAGGAUUCGGCGGCAAGGAGUCUAGAGGUAUUUUGACAUCGAUUCCUGUAGCCUUCGCCGCACACAAACUCAACAGACCGGUGCGAUGUAUGUUAGAUCGUGAUGAGGACAUGCAAAUGACCGGAACGAGGCAUCCCUUCUUAAUAAAAUACAAAGUCGCCGCCACCAAAGAAGGCAAACUUAUGGGUGCUAUAGUCAAUAUUUACAAUAACGGUGGAUAUUCGAUUGAUUUGUCUGGUCCAGUAGUCGAACGUGCAAUGUUCCAUUACGAAAACGCCUAUUACAUACCAAACGUAGAAGUAACAGGGCAUAUUUGUAAAACAAACCUACCUUCAAACACGGCGUUUAGAGGUUUCGGUGGUCCACAAGGAAUGUUCGGUGCUGAAAAUAUGCUGAGAGAUGUAGCUGAAAAAUUAGGAAGAAACAUCGAAGAAGUAAUGCAACUCAAUCUAUAUCGAGAGAACUUAACAACUCAUUAUAAUCAAGUUCUCGAGCAUUGCACAUUACAAAGAUGUUGGGAUGAGUGCGUAGAAAAAAGUAAUUUCGUUGAAAGAAAGAAGGCAAUUGAAAACUUUAACAAGCAACAUCGAUGGAGGAAACGUGGUAUGUCUAUAAUACCAACAAAAUUCGGUAUCGCAUUCACUGAAAAACUGUUGAAUCAAGCCGGAGCCCUACUCAUCGUAUACGUAGAUGGAUCAGUUUUGCUGUCGCAUGGUGGCACAGAAAUGGGUCAAGGUCUUCACACGAAAAUGAUACAAGUGGCAUCUCGGGCCCUCGGUAUAGAUGUAUCUUUGCUUAUCCGAGGUAUUUCAAACCAUGCGCUUCAGAUUUAACGAGAUCUAAAGAUAGGAAUACCAACGAAAAAACAUGUUCUAUAAUUUAGUGUUCUCAAAAACAUACAGAUGAAUAGAGUAGUUCCUUCUUUUGGGAAGUCGGUCAAAAAUAGGUUUUACCCGCGUUUGACUGAUUUAGACUUCUUAUGAUUUCAGAUUCCAGUACCGGACCCAGAAAGCUUCGUACCGUGGAAUGUUGUGCCAUAAAGCAGAAAUAUAGUAAUUUUUUGUUUACUUUCAUUAAUAGGUUAAUGUUGAAAGCAACUUAAAUAUUUUUCAUGUAUUUAAAAAGAUGAAUUAAAAUAAACUUAUUAAAUAAAAUUAUUUAUUUUACAAUCAUUUAUCCUAUAUAAGCAACCAACCAGUAAAGCAAUUUUUAAAUAAUAAACAUACAUAUAAAUUCCUAGUCGACAUAUCAACAUAGUACUUUAAAGGUAUUUAUUGCGUUAUAUCGCAGAUAAGUUUUACUAUGGACCACUUUUGAAUUAUAUUUUUAACUUGUAAAAGUAAUAUUUCAAAUAAAAAUAUCCAACGAAACAAUCAAUUUAUAAAAUUAGAACAAUUUGUUCUAUGUGAUUAUAAUAAAUAUAAAAUAGUGGAAGAAAAAUCAGGUACAAAAAAACCUGUGAUGCUUAAGAAUAGAGUAAGGAAGUAUCUGUUAGGAUUUGGACAAAUGGCAUGAAUUUCCUAAUAAAGUUUAUUUAGAAAACUAUCAUGUUAAUACUAAAAGAGAGAGGGAGGAUAGGAUUUGCCACCUUGUUA